CUCUGCUUUCUCGCUCUUCCAAUGUUCAAGAAUACUCUCGUCCCCUUCUCUUCUUCCUCAUUUCGUCUCACCACCUUCCUCUCAUCGGCUCCUCCACUUCUAGGCAUCCCUGCAUCUUCCGCAAUCUUCGAGCGAGCAAGCAUCUGCCGGAGAAAUAAGUCCGAACUAUCUCCAGGCAUCGGGACAAGAGUGACAGGCCCCUCCAAGCUACCCCGCGUCCAUAAUAAAUCGACAUCAUCGGCCGCCAUCGUUCCCGCCCAAUUUCUUCCUUCCCCUUCUCAACUUCUUUCCCAAACAUCUAAACAUUCAUACGCCACCAUGUCUUCUGAUACUGUUGGAAAGACCAUUACUUGCAAGGCUGCCGUCGCCUGGGAGGCUGGCAAGGACCUGUCCAUUGAGGACAUUGAGGUUGAGGCCCCCAAGGCCGGUGAGGUCAGAAUCCAGAUCUACUACACUGGUGUCUGCCACACAGAUGCCUACACUCUCUCCGGCAAGGAUCCCGAAGGUGCCUUCCCCAUUGUUCUUGGACACGAGGGUGCUGGUAUCGUCGAGUCCGUUGGUGAGGGCGUCACCAACGUGAAGGCUGGUGAUAAUGUUGUUGCUCUUUACACACCCGAGUGCAAGGAGUGCAAGUUCUGCAAGUCCGGCAAGACUAACCUCUGCGGCAAGAUUAGAGCCACCCAGGGCAAGGGUGUCAUGCCCGACGGAACCUCGCGCUUCAAGUGCAAGGGUAAGGACCUCCUCCACUUCAUGGGUACCUCAACCUUCUCCCAAUACACCGUCGUUGCCGACAUCUCGGUCGUCAAGAUCACCGACAAGGCCCCCAUGGACCGCACCUGCUUGCUUGGCUGUGGUAUCACCACUGGUUACGGUGCUGCUGUCAUCACCGCCGGAAAGGGCGGUGUCGAGAAGGGCUCCAACGUUGCUGUCUUCGGUGCCGGCUGUGUCGGUCUUUCGGUCAUCCAAGGUUGCGUCAAGAACGGCUCUUCCAAGAUCAUCGUCGUCGACGUCAACAACAGCAAGAAGGAGUGGGCUGAGAAGUUCGGUGCCACUGACUUCGUCAACCCCAUGGAGCUCAAGGAUCAGACUAUCCAGGAGAAGCUCAUUGAGAUGACUGAUGGUGGUUGCGACUACACCUUCGACUGCACUGGCAACGUUCACGUCAUGAGAUCGGCUCUCGAGGCUUGCCACAAGGGUUGGGGUGAGAGUAUUGUCAUUGGUGUUGCUGCUGCUGGACAAGAGAUUUCUACCAGACCUUUCCAACUUGUGACUGGUCGCGUCUGGAAGGGCUGUGCUUUCGGUGGUGUCAAGGGCCGUUCCCAACUCCCUGACCUCGUCGACGACUACCUUAACGGCAAACUUAAGGUCGAUGAGUUUAUCACCCACAGACAACCCCUCGACAAGAUCAACGCCGCCUUCCAGGACAUGAAGGCUGGUGACUGCAUUCGCUGCGUCGUCAACAUGCGCGAGUAAGCGAGCGACCAAGAGCAAGAUGGAAUCAAUCAAACGAUAUAACGAUAAUGCUUGGAGCUAAUGUUGCUUGGUUCGAAUGAAAAGAGCAAGUCUGAUUUGACGGUGGAGGCUGUACGCGCAACACUUGUAGAUACCUUUUUGCUAUAUGGCUUCUUCUGGGAGUCUAUGACACAAACAAAAUACUUUUUGGACCCGGGUUAUUUCCCUGUAGACUGCAUUGUCUCUUAAAGUCUCGUUGCUGGUGUUCCCACCACUUUCUCUCGCUAACAAAUCUACCGAG